AUGCCACCCCUGUAUAACGAGAAACAGGAUGUUGAGCGUUCCAGCUCUGAUAUUAAAAAGGACCCAGAGCAUCAUGUGCACGUAACCGCAACGGCCGUUGACGAUGCGUUGCGACAAACCAUGGACCAAGCACCUAGUGAACCGCUCACGGCUGAAGCUGCAUUGAAAUUGAGGAGGAAGAUUGAUAAGCAUCUUUUGCCGUUGAUGAUGAUAUUGUAUUGGGUACAGUUUAUGGACAAGACAACGCUUGGCAACAGUGCGAUUUUGGGGAUUCGGACUGACACACAUCUGGACGCAAACCAGUAG